CCCGAAUCCCCCACCCCACCCCGUCUCCCUCCCCCGCCCCCGCGCCGCGGCGACGGAAAGCCACCUCCAUACAAAUACGGAGGAGAGACGUCUCCUCCUCCUCCGCAUCCGCUCCACCGCCCGCCCGCCGCAACCGCAACCGCAACCGCAACCGCAGUGAGUCCCUCCCCACCCCCCACCUCCUCCGCCGAAUCGCGUCCCCGCUCCCACCGCGGGGCUGGAAUUGCCGCAGUCGCGCGGGCCGGGGUCGCAGUCGCGGUCGCGGCCGAGACGGGCUGUAGCAGUGACGGCGAGGGUGUUUGCUGGUUGACGCAGGUGCGCCGGGCUCGAGGGCUAGGGCGCCAUGGGGACGUACCUCAGCACGCCCAAGACGGAGAAGCAGACCGCCGACGGCGAGGGCGCCCGCGUCCGCUACGGCCUCGCCUCCAUGCAGGGAUGGCGGACCACCAUGGAGGACGCCCAUACAGCUAUGCCACAGCUUGAUGAACGCACAUCCUUUUUUGCCGUUUUUGAUGGGCAUGGAGGGAAAGCGGUCGCUAAAUUCUGCGCCAAACAUCUACACAUGCAAUUCUUAAGAAGUGCAGCAUAUUGUUCUGGUGAUUUAGCUUCUUCUGCUCGGAAAGCCUUUUUGAGAAUGGACGAGAUGAUGAAAGGGCAAAGGGGAUGGAGAGAACUGGCUGAGCUGGGAGAAAAGGGGCCAAAGUUCACUGGAAUGUUGGAGAGUAUAAUUUGGUCUCCCAAAGCUGGAGAUGCAGAUAAACUUGGGGACGGAUGGCACUCGGAGGAGGGUCCUCAUUCAGAUUUUUCUGGGCCAACAUGUGGAAGCACAGCGUGUGUGGCUAUCAUAAGAAAUGAUCAACUGGUUGUUGCAAAUGCCGGGGAUUCCCGGUGUGUUAUCUCAAGGAAGGGUCGGGCUCACGAUUUGUCAAGAGAUCACAAGCCAGAACUUCAGUCAGAAAAAGAGAGGAUUGAGAAUGCUGGUGGUUACAUUGUUGCUGGGCGGGUCAAUGGAAGUUUGAACUUGACAAGAGCAAUUGGGGAUAUGGAAAUGAAGGAAAAUAAGCUUUUACCAGCCGAGAAACAGACUGUCUCAGCUGAACCUGAAGUGAACACAGUUACACUUUCUGAGGAUGAUGAAUUCAUUGUUUUGGCCUGUGAUGGUAUAUGGGACUGCAUGUCAAGUCAACAAGUAGUGGACUUUGUGCAUGAAAAGUUGAAGACUGAGGAUAGUCUAUCUGCCGUGUGUGAGAAGGUGCUCGACCGGUGCUUGGCGCCUGAGAGUGGUGGGGAGGGUUGUGACAACAUGACGAUGAUCUUGGUUGUGCUCAAGAAGCCUACCGACUCGGCUGCUACUUCUAGCUCAGAGCAAUCUCCUGUCACGCCUACCAAGUCGGCUGCUACUGCUAGCUCGGAGCAAUCUGCGGUCACCGACGAAGAGAUGCGGCCCAGAAUCUGAGCCCCUCCCCUGUCCCCUUUGUGAACAGCGAGCCUGAUGCCCCAAAGACCCCGUCGUCGUCGAAGUAGCGCUCCGAGGCAAAGCGAUGGUCAGAAGGUCGUGACCCGGUCGAAACAGCAGCGCUCCAAGGCCAAGCCACAUGGUUCAGAAAGGGUCUAAUCGGUGAUAGACAAAAUCAGAUAGCAGUAAGUGAAGUGGUGUAUAUAACAGAGGGAUUCUAUUCAACAAUUCCCAUAGGGUUUGUUCUUGUAGCCUUUUGUCCAAUAUACAUAGCUGUCGAUCUUGGUUGGUGGAUAUGGGUUGUGGAUAAAUUGCAGAGCUUUUUUUUUCCCAGCGUUUUGGAUCUAUCUUGAUGAAUUGCAA